CUUUCUGUUUGGUCUCCUUCUUCUGGUGGAGGUCGCGCAUGUCCUUUUUCUAUGUCCGCAUUUCUGUGUUCCUGGAUGACAGAGGCGCGAUUAGCACAUCUCAUUCGGGCAUAAGUGUAUGACCUGAAAGGAAAAAGGGCCGGGCUGCAAAUUGAAUAGCCCGUGUGGGACUCCUGGGUAAGCAGUUCCAACACCUAAAAUCAAACCAGCAAGGCAGCAGAGUCUUAGGACAAACCCCUGCUCCGGAGUCUACUCCCUCAGGCAACUUGUCUGAAUCUUCCGUCUUGUGUCACAUCCCUCCCCCCCCCCCUCUGUCUCGCUAGUUUCUCCUUAGAUCACCAUCAUCCCCUUGCAUUGCUCCGUGUUGCCUAAUGCAGCACCACUUCCGUCACUUGGGUCCCCUCGCAUUCUUCCUCUCCUCUACUCGUUGCUGCUUGCCCUUCAGAUCGUGUUUGGGUUUAACUGCGUGGACGUAGGGGGAGUGCGAAGGCGGGGUGAGCGAACGCCAGAUCCAUGUCGUCGGAGGUGGAGGUGGAGGUGGACAAGCAGCAGAGCAGUCGGGCAGGCAUGGCGGAGAAGGUGGCCAGUGCCGCCCUGAUAGGUUUGACGUUGAUGCCUCUGGUGGUGAAGGUGAAUCCCAAUUUCAACGUUGUAGCAACAGCUUGUCUGACGGUGUUCAUAGGAUGUCAUCGGUCUGUGAAGCCCGCUCCUCCCUCGGAGACGAUGUCGAAAGAGCAUGCGAUGCGAUUCCCUUUCAUCGGCAGUGCAGUUCUGCUGUCGCUGUUUCUGCUAUUCAAGUUCUUACCGAAAGAUCUGAUCAACACUGUCCUGACUUUGUACUUUUUUGUGCUCGGGGUUUUGGCGCUCUCAGCUACGAUUCUUCCAGCAUUGGAGCGUUUCCUGCCGCCAGAAUGGAACGACCACCUGAUCACGUGGAGGUUGCCGUAUUUCAAGAAUGUGGAGGUGGAGUUCACGAAGUCACAGCUGGUAGCAGGCAUUCCAGGUGGUGGGUUCUGCAUAUGGUAUGUGAUGAAGAAGCACUGGUUGGCCAACAACACACUCGGAUUGGCUUUCUCUAUUCAGGGAAUCGAAAUGCUAUCGCUGGGGUCGUUCAAGAUUGGAGCCAUUCUUCUGGCAGGACUGUUCAUAUACGACAUCUUCUGGGUGUUCUUCACGCCUGUAAUGGUGAGCGUGGCAAAGUCGUUCGAUGCUCCCAUCAAGCUGAUUUUUCCAACUGGUGAUGUUACCCGGCCUUUCUCUAUGCUGGGACUAGGGGACAUUGUAAUUCCAGGCAUUUUUGUAGCUUUGGCGUUGCGCUUUGAUAUGUCGAGGGGUCGGGAUAAGACCUAUUUCACGAGUGCAUUCUCUGGGUACACAGUAGGCCUUCUAGUCACCAUUUUGGUGAUGAAUUUGUUCCAGGCUGCACAGCCUGCACUUCUUUACAUCGUACCGGGAGUGAUCGGGUUUUUGGGCGUCCAUUGUGCUAUGAGGGGCGAAAUCAAGCCUCUUCUGGAGUUCGAUGAGUCUGCUGCAGCCCGAGACAGUACUGACGAAGCCCAGGACGAAACUGUAGCGACCACAAGAGCUCUACAUUCCAGCGGUAUAAAGACGGAUUAGUGCGACUGUUUAUGGCUAGCUCCGGAUUGCUGCUGAGUCGGGGUUGACAACCUGUGCUGGGAAUUUCCUCCAUGUGGAGUAUGCAGGUGGGGGGUAGGCCUGCAUAUCCCUGUCAGCCUGAUGCUCGUAAACGUGGUUGUUUCGGCGGUGUUGAUUACAAUUUUUUUCUAGAUCUGUCAUAUGUACUGGUAUCGUGAAUCAGACUUUACGAAGUUGAGUGCGAUACUGAUUCUUCAAAUGAGGAUUGUUUACCAGUUAAUAUAAAAGGCAUAUUCAUAUCAACGAA